UUUGAUUGAGCGUGGGGUACCUUUCCGUACCCUGGUGUGGAAAAGUAUGAUGCCUAAGCCCCCCCCAAGUAUGCCCGUCAUCUAUCAGCUCCCUUCUCGUGGCCCCAAUUAUGUUUUCAGCAAGCGCGACUUUGAUAGCUAUAUUCACCUCCGAGAGAUUCUGGUCCGUCAACCACGUAUCCGUGCAGCUCUUCUUCGAGGGGGGAUGCCAUGGCGGUUAGUCAUCAGCUUUACGCAUGCUGACAAAAUAUUGGGUGGUCCUGUGGGUGGUGGUCCCAUGCGAGAAGUUCAUCACCCUUCUGGUGAGACGCUUGUCGACGAUGACCUAACAGAUUUGGAACUGGAUUUGUUAUGCGGGACAUAUAUUUGUGACACAGGGCAAGGUCCCGUCAUAGCAUACAAAUCUUGGUUCCCACCAGCUUUUUUCUUUGAGAAGAAAGAUUGUGCGGAGAACUAUGGCCAGUGGACUGAUUACCGGGAAGCCAGAUAUAGGGGUCGUUUGUCGGAUAUUGGGGCUCAACCAGAGCCUGUGUCAAGAUGGCGGGACCAGUUGAGGGGUUUAAAAGAGACGCGCUUGCUCAAUCAAAACAUGGAAAAGCUGGCACUUAAGUUCUUGAACGAACACCAUCCUGACAUGGCACACCUCACUUGCGAAUGGAUCCCAAAAGAGAGAUGACAUUUGGUUAUGAUUCACAUACUGUAUCAUCCAUCGAUCGCGCAACCGAUUUGUUUUCUUGGACUUCAUCUUUGAUUUCAAGGUAGUCUAGAUCACGUGCAGGCAGUCAACUCAGACGAUUGUUACAAUUGUACGUUUCCAAAAUCAAACGCAAAA